CUUCACUCCGCCCCGCUGGCCACUCUGCACGCCUGUGACACCAGAGACGAGAGCCAGAGAGGGCACGCGCAGCACUGCAAACCUCUGGAGCGGAUCUGCACCUGUACUCCGCAGACUGAGGAUUUAGGGACAGGGGACACAAGUUGAAAGCGGCACGAAGCUGCAACGACCUACCCGUCCAGUUCAACAAGGUCAGAGGUCAGUGAAAGCAGAAGUCCAAGUGGAGGGACAUGAUGUCCAUGCAAAUGAAUGAGGCGGACAGUGUGGUAAAAGUGGCUGAGUGGCAGCAGACCUACUAUGCUUCAGAUUCUGGCAUCCAAUCAGCAGCCACCACAGUGCGUGAUGAUGACAGCACUACUGGGUGCAGUGGCAGUAAAAAGUAUACAGGCAGUAUAACUACUACACCUGCAACAACCAGCGCUGGAACAGGAGCAGUCGGUGAACAAGAAAGCCCCACAGAUUUAGAUGCUCAGUACUCAUUAACCCGGGCCCAGCGUGUCAGGGCAGCCAUGUUUCCUGAGACACUGGUGGAGGGAGAGGCAGCCAUCCCGGUCCAAGCAGAUUCCACACAACAGAGCAACGUGCAAAGACUGGCCGAGCCCUCACAGUUACUAAAGACAGCCAUAGUUCAUCUGAUAAAUUACCAGGAUGAUGCCGAGCUGGCCACAAGAGCAGUGCCGGAGCUCACCAAGCUCCUUGCAGAUGAUGAUCCGGUAGUGGUGAACAAGGCAGCCAUGAUUGUCAACCAGCUCACUCGUAAGGAGGCCAGUCGCCGGGUUCUGGUACAAUCUCCAACCAUGGUUGGAGCUGUGGUUCGUGCCAUGACAACAGCAGUUGACAUGGAGACGGCUCGUUGCACUGCAAGCAUCCUCCACAGCUUGUCACACCAGAGUGAGGGACUGCAGGCCAUAUUUAAGUCCGGAGGGAUACCGGCGCUUGUCCGCAUGCUGAGUUCACCUGUGGAGACGGUUUUAUUUUACGCUAUAACCACCCUUCACAACCUUCUGUUGCACCAAGAGGGAGCCAAGAUGGCAGUGCGUCUUGCUGAUGGCCUUCAGAGGAUGGUGCCCUUACUCAAAAAGAGUAACCCUAAGUUCCUUGCAAUUACCACAGAUUGUCUACAGCUCUUGUCUUACGCCAACCAAGAGAGCAAGCUAAUAAUACUCGCCAACGGGGGCCCAGAGGGUCUGGUGUUCAUCAUGAGAAACUACAACUAUGAGAAGCUUCUCUGGACCACCAGUCGCGUACUCAAAGUACUGUCUGUGUGUCCCAGCAACAAGCCCGCCAUAGUAGAAGCUGGAGGUAUGCAAGCUUUGGGUCAGCAUCUUACGGGGUCGAGUCAGCGUCUGAUUCAGAACUGUCUAUGGACGCUUCGCAACCUGUCAGAUGCUGCAACUAAACAAGAAGGUUUAGAUGGUCUGCUGCAGAUAUUAGUCACUCAGCUGGGUUCGGAUGAUGUCAAUAUGCUGACCUGCGCAACAGGCAUCUUGUCCAACCUCACUUGUAACAACUCACGCAACAAGACUCGAGUCACUCAGUUUGGCGGUGUGGAGGCACUGAUCCAUGCUGUACUGCGUGCUGGUGAAAAAGAAGAUGUUGCAGAGCCGGCGGUUUGUGCCUUGCGUCACCUCACGUCGCGCCACCACGAUGCUGAGCUGGCCCAGAAUGCUGUGCGGCUGCAUUAUGGUGUCCCUGCUGUGGUCAAGCUGCUGGGACAACCACACUACUGGCCUGUUAUAAAGGCUACUGUUGGCCUCAUUCGGAACCUUGCGCUGUGCCCAGUUAAUCAAGCACCUCUGAGGGAUGCGGGGACAAUCCCACGUUUGGUAAAUCUACUGUUAAAAGCUCACCAGGACACACAGAGGCAUGCCUCGUCUUCCCAGCAGACAUAUCAGGAUGGUGUCCGUAUGGAGGAAAUUGUGGAGGGCUGCACAGGAGCACUUCACAUUUUGGCCAGGGAUCCUAUUAACCGAGGAGAGAUUGCGAGCAUGCAGACCAUACCGCUGUUUGUGCAGCUGCUGUACUCAUAUGUGGAGAAUGUGAAACGAGUAGCUGCAGGAGUUUUGUGUGAGUUGGCGCUGGACAAACAGUCUGCGGAACUCAUUGAUGCAGAAGGCGCAUCGGCACCACUCAUGGAAUUACUGCACUCCAACAAUGAAGGAAUUGCCACCUACGCUGCAGCAGUGCUAUUUCGAAUUUCAGAGGACAAAAGCUCAGACUACAGGAAAAGAGUGUCAGUGGAGCUCACGCACUCGCUCUUCAAACAUGACCCUGCUGCCUGGGAAAUGGCCCACACAGUUCCUUUGGAGUCCACAUACUUGGCUGAUGAGUUAGAUGGUCCAUACCCUCCUUAUGGCUAUGCUGACCUGCCUCUGGACACUCUUCCAUUAGAGCCUGAUCUCCAUGAGUCCUACAUGCCUGAUAUGACCUAUGACGCAAGACAAACCUUCCCUGAACCACUCUAACAGGAACAUAAAACAGAGUCCAAUCAAUACAGAGGAUUAAUACAUCACAGAAAGAAGGGACUGGAGGAAUUUGUGAAGGAAGUAAGAAAGUUUCUGAAGGUCUUCAUGAUGGAGAAUCAAGCCUUUUUCAACCUUGGCAAUCAAGAACUUGAAGGAGACCGGUGACUGAAAGUGUUUAUUGUUGGUGUAAAUAACACAACUGUUAUUUUGUUAUGAUGUCUUACAGUGGGGUGAAAGUGUACUGUUACACGGGUAACUUUUAAAAGCAGUCACAAGAAAAUGUUUCCUUGACAGCAAGGGCAUGCGGGACAAGCAUUGACAAAUCAAAAUGAAAAUCUGAAAAAAAAUCUGAGAAUACUGAAAUCUUCCUUCAAAAACACAUACCGUGACAUUAAAUGAGACGGUUUGGCUCAACAAUGGUGAUGUACUGAUUUUUUUUUUUGGGGUGGGGCUAUUUUAAAAUAACUGAUUUCUGGAUGUCAUGUAACACAAAAAAAUGUCAUUUUUAAACAAAAAUAUGUCAAUCUAAUAUCUACCAAAUGCUACCCGUGUAUUCCUGCUGUCAUUUAGAUGUCUCCUCUGUGUAUUUGAACUGUUCGCAUUUCCCAGAGUGCCCCUAUGUGGUUGUUGCAUGGUCUUAUAAUGUGUCUAAUUGACAAAUUUUUCACCUUUGCAUACUGAGAACCAAACGGAUAUGAGGGAGGUUAAAGUGUAUGUCGCAGUAUGUUGGCCAAUUAGUUAAAAGCAACAAUAACAACAACAAAAAAAGGGUAGAAAUUACACCAACUCAAUGCCUCGUUGUCUCUAUUGCCCCGCCCCCCAAAAAAUGCUUUUAUUGCAGUUAAUUUGUUAAGUUCUAUACUUCACCUUUCAUCUUGUUCAUAUUUUCAUGGAGAAUUAUCUUGAAUUAACAACAGUAGUAAGUUUCUCCUUCACAUCAAGACGGUGGAGGAAUUGAAGCUCUAACUUAAAGUGUAUUAAAGAUUCAAGCGUGAAUUGGUUUGGUUGGUCAGUAGUCAACAUUUUUGUGCUUCUUACAUCAAGAUCAACUGUGGUUAUGAAGUGACUGUGUUUGGUUGCGAAAUACCACCAGAGGAACCUUCUAUGUUAAAAAAAAGCACAACUACAAAAACAGUAACAUAAUUUGUUCUGAGCCAUUAACAGAGUUGUAGUGUACCUUAAUCUGAAUUUAAUUAAAGCUCUUAUUUGA